AUGGCUACAGUAUAACAAAACAUCUUGAAUAAUUAAUUUGUAAUACAAAAGAAGAUAUCUUCUGGUUCAUUUGGAGUUGUAUAUCAAGGAUUUGAUUUAAGAACAUCUGAUCAUGUAGCUAUUAAAAUAGAAAAACCAGAAAUAGAUGAUUUAUUUAGUUUGGAUAGAGAAGUAGAGUCAAAAAUAUUAUAUAUUUAGGUUCAAAUAUUAAGAAUUUUGCAUGGAAUACCUCAAGUUCCAAAAUUAAAAUGGGCUGGUAAAGACAAAGGUAAUAAUGUGAUGGUAAUUUAAUUAUUGGGAAGAGAUUUAACACACUAUUUAAGAUAAAGGAAACGUUUUAGUUUGGCAUGUGUUUUGGGUAUUGCUGAUUAGAUGUUGACUAUUCUUGAAGCUAUUCAUAGCAAGUAUAAUUUUAAUUCAAGAAAGGGGUAUCAUUCAUAGAGAUAUAAAGCCUGAAAACAUAUUGGCUGGUAAGGAUAGAGAACAGAAUAUUAUUUAUCUUGUAGAUUAUGGUAUUGCUAAAUAAUUCAAAGAUAAGGAUGACAAACAUAUGUAUAUUAACUCAUUUAACAUAAAAGUCCUUUGAGAGAAAAUAAACCUUUUUUGGGAACUUCCAGAUAUGCAAGUAUGGCAGCUCACAGAGGUUAGGAAUUAUCAAGGAAGGAUGAUCUAGAAUCUUUGGGAUACAUGUUAAUGUAUUUGAGAUAUUCAUAUAGAGAUUUUUAUUAAAAGGAAGUUUACCAUGGUAGAGUAUAAGUUAUAAAAAUGAAGAUGAGAAGGUUAAGAUGGUAGGAUUAAUGAAAAUGAGGAUUACAUCUUAAGAAUUAUGUUAAGAUAUUCCAACUGAGUUUAUGAGAUUUAUUGAUUUAGUUAAAAAAAUGAGUUAUCGAGAAAAACCAGAUUAUAGGUAAAUAUUAAAUUCAAAUUAUGAUUUAGAUAUUUUUAAUAAUUAUUUAGAAGAGUAUCUAUAUAAUAACAGAUUGAAUCUCGAUUUGAUUGGUAUGAUGAAAACAAUUAUGAGAAAAAAUCAGGAUCUACAUCACCCAAGAAAUAGCAAUCAAUUAAAAUUUUGGAUUAAUCCUAUUUAAUUCAAUAAAUCUAUACACCAAAUAAAAAAAAGUUAAGUGAAGAAUUUGAUGAUACUGGAUAAUCUAAAAGAGACUCUAAUGGAAGACAAUCUUUAAUUAACAAUAAUACUAAUAAUCUACUUUUGUGUGAUAGUAGAAUGAAUCUUAAAAAUAAAAGUGUUAGUUCAUACAAUGGAUCCAAUUUAUAAUAUAGUGAUAUAUAACCUGAUCUAAGUUGUCUUAUAGCAUAUUAAAGAAAUCUAAGAUAUGGAUCAUUUCAUAAUGAAGUUGAAAUUCAAAAAUAACCUGAUAGAAGUACUUCAGCAUAAGAUAAAAUAAAAGUUAAACAUAAAUUAAGUUUGGAUGUUAAACCAAAUCCACACAAAUCUAUUAUUGAAUUUUAAUUGGGAUUAAUAAACAAUCCCUCAAUUAUGGAUUUUACAGUAAAUAGUCAGAAUUAAAUGAAUGAAGAUGAAAGUCCAUGUCUUGAUGACAAAUUUAGUAUACUAAAAAUAAGUUCAAUUGAUAAGUAAUAAUCUAUUAAUAAUAAUAGUAAAUUCAAAAAUCCAAUACAAAUCUUCAGAUUAAACUUGAAAGAUAGGAAGGGAAUUAAAAAUAAUUGA